GAGAGGUAGGAAUUAAUCAUCAUUCUGCCCCGCCAUUCUUUUAGUAUUGUAUAUCUACUCUGGCCUUACGUGGAAAAGAUAGGAAAUGGACAUGGCUCGGAGUCCGUAGAAUUCUUGGAAUAUCUCAGCGAUGUCUAUGUUUGAUUAUUCGGUGAGCUUUCUGGAGAGAUACUGUGUUUCUGGUUACUCAAUUGAUGAUUACUGAGCCAGCCGCAUGCAGACCAUAUUGAGUAAUAUGUUUACCAAACAUCUUCCCGUUUAAUUGCAAGCACCAAAUCAAUCAAUUCAAUCGUCAUAUUUCAAAGCUAUAUACUCGAGCAUGUAUUCUUGAUUCAUCUAUAAAUUCACAAGUGCCACUGAAAUAUCUCAAAAUCAACUCUCAACACUAUUACAAUUCUCUUCUCCCUUCAAGCAAACCCUUUAUAUUUACCAAAUUCCCAAACACAAUGUCAUCUCAUCAAACUUCAAAAAUCUUCAUCAUUGGUGGCACAGGUGCUCAAGGCAUUCCUGUCAUCAAAUCUCUCGUUGCGGAUAAAAAAUAUCAAGUUCGAGUUCUAACCCGCGACACCACAUCUACUAGAGCUCAACAACUUCUUGCUCUUGGAAAUGUAGAGCUCUUCGAAGGUACCUUUGCCGAUGAAGAUGUUCUCCGUGCCGGCUACAAAGGCUGCGAUGGAGCAUUUAUUAAUAUCGAUGGAUUUAACACGGGUGAAAAAACCGAAAUGUUUUGGGCCAUUCGUUCUUAUGAAAUUGCUAUUCAGGAAGGAAUCAAAUUUUUCGUGUAUGGAAAUCUUGACUAUGGGUUGAAGAAAAGUGGAUGGCAGGAGAAAUAUCAUACUGGUCAUUAUGAUGGGAAAGGAAGAAUCGGUGAAUGGAUCUUAUGGCAAAAUCAAAGUAGUCCUAAUGGAAUGGGAGCCGCAUUGUUUACCACCGGUCCGUAUAUGGAAAUGGCCACUUCGGGGCAAACACUCAUGUCACCUAGUGUAGAGAAUGAUGUUUUAACAUGGAGAGUUCCAUUGGGAGAUGGUGCAGUACCUCAUGUGAGUUUGGAAGAUUGCGGACCCUAUGUUCGAUGGUUAUUCGAUCAUUCCGAUCGUAGUAAUGGUAUGGAUCUCGCUGUCGCCAUUGCCAAUAUCUCAUAUUCUGAGAUGGCCACGGCGUUUGAAAAGGUCACAGGUCAUCCGGCGCAAUAUAUCGAUACUGAAUUCGAUAAGUUUUUCGAAAGAUUUGGACCACAGGUUGAUGCGCCAGCGGGAUUCAAUGCGGAUCCGAAGGAUAAGGCAACGAUGACUUUUAAAAGAAAUUUUACGGGUUGGUGGAUGCAGUUCAGAGAUAGAGUGCUGGAUAGAGACUAUACGUUGUUGGAUGAGAUUCAUCCGGGGAGGAUUAGAAGUGCCGAGGAAUUUUUUAGAAGGGAAGAGGAAAGAUUGAGAGAGGAAUCUGGAGGAAAGACUGGGUUGUGGGAGAGCGUACAGGAGGAGAAUUUGAAAGCCGUCUUGAAGGUUUCAGAGGAUGGGUGGAAGGGAAAACUUUGAGGGAGGUAGUUGAUUGUUGAGAGGGGGUUUCUGCGAUCAAUUUGGAAGACUUUAUUUGCGGGGCCUCUCACAGUACUUUGCUUAUUAUUCAUCACUUUAGUCUUUAAAAUCAGAUAUGAGCA